CAUCAGAGGGAGAGUGACGCCUGCAGUCGGAGACUAGCCUGCUUCACACAUGAUCGAAGUGAUGAGACACACGCGUUUUUUGACGUGAGAUUUCAAUUAAUAAUUAUCGAGGUAGUUAUGAUAAUUUUGUGAUUUUCACGAGUUAUAUAUCAACAACUAAGUUAGGAAAACUUAUUUUUAUCAGGCCCGCCAAUUUUUCUCAAUCGAGAUUCUGUUUGUCAAUGUUUGUAAUCAAACGAGAUGCUCCUCUUUUGUCCAACGUGUGGUAAUGUUUUGCAUGUAGAAGAAGUCGAACUUAUCCAAAACUCAAAGAAGUUGACGACGUGCUUGGUGGUUCAGCAGCUUGGGAAAACGUAGAUUCCACCGAGGAGCGCUGUCCCAAAUGUUCUAAUAUGAGAGCAUACUUUAUGCAAAUACAAACUCGCUCUGCUGAUGAGCCUAUGACAACUUUUUACAAGUGUUGCAAUCCUCAAUGUGGACACAACUGGCGAGAAUAAACCUAUAAUUUUCAAUUUCAUUCAAUAGAAAAUAGAAGCUGUCCAGUCAUGAGAUUGCUGGCUUUUUUAAGAAGUAGAAUAACCAGUCCAAAUACAAUGGGGCCUAUCAAGAGCCAUCUCUUGAGUGCUAAAAAGACAAUAACGUUCCUACCAGAAAAUAAGCAGUGGUUCUGCGGAGGUCACCGCAGUGCUGCAGUAGCAGCAGAACUGCUUAGAAACGGGAAAAUUGUAGCCAUGCCUACAGAUACCAUCUAUGGAUUAGCUGGUCUAGCUCAAAACGAUGCAUCUGUGGCAAGGCUCUAUGAAAUUAAGAAAAGGGAUGAGAGUAAACCUCUUGCUAUCUGUCUGUGGGACGUCGACGACAUCGAGAACUGGGCUCACGUGGAAGACCUCCCCGACGGACUGUUGCAAGCCCUCUUACCCGGGCCUACGACUCUUGUAUUGAAGCGCAAGAGCUCACUGAAUCCGCACCUAAAUCCAGGCGUGGAAAACGUGGGCAUCAGAAUUCCAAAAUACGAUUUCAUUCGUAGCGUUGUGAAAAUGCUGAACCAGCCCAUUGCCUUGACCAGUGCUAACGAGAGCAAUGCGCCGAGUUCUUUGCAUCCCGAGGAGUUUCAGAGUCUCUGGCCGGAGCUCGACGGUGUGUUCUACGAGAAGAUGAACCUGGGCACGAUAAAGGAAUCGUGGAGACGUGGUUCGACCGUCGUCGACUUGACCGUCGCGGGACAAUUCUCCAUUCUCAGGAGAGGUAUUGGUUACCAAACGACUUUUAGGGUUUUGAGAGAACACCAACUGACGUAUCAAAAGAAUACGAAAAAUGUGGCGGGCCAAGGAGAGGAGGACAGUGAGGAUGAGUCCAAAGCCCCCGAGGAAAUGAAAGCGCGCGCUUCUGGCUAAGCGUGACCGCUUUGUAUAGAUUGAAUAGACUUACAACUUUGAAGAUCCUUGGUUUUACGGUUUUCAAUAAACGAAGAAUCGAUAAAAGUA